AUGGUUAUCACCUCUAUGACUCCUCCCUGCGUCUUUUUCCUUGAACGCCUUCCUCAGGACUGCAGCACUAUAGAUGCUAUCCAUGCUGUCCGAAUCCUCCUGGAGAAACAUCGAGAGAAGAACCGCAGUGUGCAUCUUGCUUUUCUCGAUCUCGAGAAAGCUUUCGACCGUGUCCCACAUGAGCUGUUAUGGAUGUCCAUGAGGUCGCAUAGAGUACCAGAUGAAUAUGUGCGGUGGACGAAGCUACUUUAUGCGAAGCCUACCAGCGUUGUACGAUGUGCUGCUGGAACAAGAAGGCCAUUCCCUGUAGAAGUAGAGGUUCACCACGGUUCAUCCCUCUCACCCCUGCUGUUCAUACUGUGCAUGGACACGAUAACGAAGGAAAUCCAGAAGCAGCACCCGUGGACUCUACUCUUUGCCGAUGAUGUCAUGCUCGCGUCGGAGUCUCGAGGUGAUCUUCAGAAACAAGUACAGUCUUGGAAGGAUCGGCUGCAGAAAUAUGGAUUGCGCCUCAACACAUCAAAAACUGAGUACAUGGAGUGCGGACCAAGGAUAGAGGAUGGUUCAAUUCGUGUCGAUGGUACCGAAUUAAACAAGGUGAACUGUUACAAGUACCUUGCAUCCAAAGUGACUUCCACAGGCGACAUUGAUCAAGAAGAUCGAGCACGUGUUAAUGCGGCAUGGAUGAAAUGGAAAAUGGCAAAGUCCCUGUUCGACUGA